CUCAAAUUCUCUUUCUUUAUCUCCGCUUAUCAAAACCCUAGCUGUGUCACUUUCAGAGCACCCCUGCAGCUUUCGGAUUUCGCAUCCACAACAAUGGCGGACGCAGAGCACGACGUGGCUGCCGGACAGCCGAAGAAGAGGACGUUCAAGAAGUUCAGCUUCAGAGGCGUGGAUCUCGAUGCUCUCCUCGACAUGUCAACGGACGAGCUUGUGAAACUUUUCACUGCUCGGGCCCGCAGAAGGUUUGCGAGGGGAUUGAAGAGGAAGCCAAUGGCGUUGAUUAAGAAGCUUCGCAAGGCGAAACGCGAGGCUCCACCUGGUGAGAAACCAGAGCCUGUUAAGACUCAUUUGAGGAACAUGAUUAUUGUUCCCGAGAUGAUUGGAAGUGUCAUUGGUGUUUACAACGGGAAAACCUUUAACCAGAUUGAAGUCAAGCCCGAGAUGAUUGGGCACUACUUGGCCGAGUUCUCGAUCUCGUACAAGCCUGUUAAGCACGGUAGGCCUGGUAUUGGUGCUACUCACUCCUCCAGGUUCAUUCCUCUCAAGUGAUGCAUGCACCCGAAUUUAAAUGCUUCUCUGUGGACCAUAUACCUUCUGUUACAGUUUUGAUCACACAAAUGUUGUGUUGACUUACUUUUAGUUUAAUGAACAAUUUGCUUUUUAUGACAAGUAUUUAUGCGUUGUUGUACCAUACAUUUUUAAUCUUUGUGAGUUUUUAUAAAUCUUUUGAAAACA